AUGCGGGUUUUACUCGCUUUUUCCAUUUUUUCUUUAACAUUAGCAGCAGACAAAGCUAUUAACUUACCGUGUAAUCGUGAAUUAGAUGGGUUAUUGGCUGUUGAUCCAGAUGGAAACCCAACAGCUUUCCUUUCCUGUCAAGGUGUCGGAGUUGGAAAUAUUGGAUUCUGGGAAAGAAAGAUGUGCCCAAAUGAUAUGGUUUUCGAUUUCAUAAAUCAGAGGUGCAAAGCUGCUCCAAGGAAAGUUCAUCGUAAACCUCAGACUAACUUGAAUAUCGCUAUUUUGAACUCUUCCUGUGCUAAAGGUGAAACCUGUAUUGGAGGAACAGUCUGCGACGCAGAUAGAAUGAGAUGUCUCUGCCCUUACGGAACUAUUCCUCAAUUGGAGACUUUGUCUUGUAUCAAGAAUGAAAAUGCUUUCUCUCCUGAUAGAUUCAAGUUCUCAUUUGAAAACACCAACACUGGUACAGGUUUCUUGCCCAAUCCUAACCAGCAGAUUAUUCCCCCAAGCAACAAUGGACAAGCUAGCUUCAUGCCAAAUCCAAACUUCAACAAAUUCAGCUCUAACAGUAAUUCGUUUGCUUCAAGUAGCAAUAGCAACUUCGGAAAUGCUCCAUGGACCAACAAUGGACAGUCAGCUUCGUCAUCUCCCAAUACAUUCGUGGACAUGAUGCCCAAUCAUAAGUUCGUUUUCGGAAAUUUCGGAACGACUCAAGCACCAACAACGAAAGCUGUUCCGCGUUUAGCUGAACCAGGUCAAUCAUGUCGAUCAAAUGAACUCUGUAUAGGAGGAUCUCUUUGCACGUUCCCAAUUGGACUCUGUCUUUGCCCUGGAGACCUGGAAGCAAGGGAUGGAGAAUGUGUCUUGCCUGCUUCUUCUUCUAUCAAAAUACAAAAAGUUGGAAUCGGAGCUAUCUGUAAUGAUCUGGCUGAAUGUGAUGAUGGAAGUGUUUGCCAAAUGGGUAGAUGCGCUUGCGUUUCUCCUUUGGUUCAAUUUGAAGGAAAAUGUGUUCUCCGUCAGGAGCGUAAAGAAGUCGGACCUGGAGAUCUCUGUGAUAAUGGAGAAAUCUGUAUCAAAGGCUCAGUUUGUGAUAAAAUCAUUCCUGUUUGUGUUUGUCCAACUGAAACUGACUUGUUCGAUGGCGAAUGCGUUCGAGUUUUCAACUCAAAGCCUUCAGGCUAUUUGCCUACAACUCAUACUCCAACAAUUGCUCCACAAGCUUCUUAUGUACCACCAUCAACCACUCAGAGGCCUGUUCCUGUUCAAACGCCUUCGACCAAGACGAUCCCACCUGUUUACACGUUCAACCAGAAUAUCGUUCAACAACCAACAACUUACAGUUAUAAGGCAGUCACGAACCAACAAGUCACUUCAAAGCCAAAUCAUAUGAAGAUAGCACUUGGAGGAAGUAAACAAGCUGGAGUCGGAGUCAGAUGCUCAUUGAACACAGAUUGCAUGAUUGGAGCUUACUGUAAUGGAAACACCUCUCCUCCAUCAUGUCAAUGUCUCUCAACCCAUGUUAAUGUAGAAGGAAGAUGUGAAAAAGUGAUUUAUCCCGGACAAAUCGGAUGUCGCAGCAGCUUACAAUGUACUGCAGCUUAUGCUGGCACAAGCUGUGUAGAUCGUGUCUGUAGAUGCCCUGAGGGAACCAAAACCGUAGAUCAGACCUGCAUUCCAGAACCUGAUGAGUGUUUUCCAACUUGUCAACAUCCCCUUAUUUGUUCCCAUUCAACCUGUAUUUGUCCUGAUGGUACUAACUGUUCUACAGAACUAAUCACUUUCGGCCAUCUCGUCUUAUCCGAUGAUGAUAACCUCCAUAAGAUUCCAAAUAUCAUUCAAACUAUAAAAAUUCGUCAACGUCGUCAGACAAGCAAAAUGGAAUGUUUACCGGGUUCAGAAAGCUGUAGUGAUGGUCAUGGCAUCUGUAUUAAAGAAAAAUGUCAUUGCUUGAACGGUUUGGUGGCUAGGGAUGGGUAUUGUCGUCCUCUAAUGCUGCCGGUUAACUCAUCUUGUGACUCGGAGAAUCUAUCAGCAGUGUGUGAAGAUGGGGCUAUUUGUGUUGAUGGCUUUUGCCAUUGUCAGUAUCCAGGGGGAUGUGAUAACUCUAAUGUGGUCAUGUGUGAGAACCAUUCUCAAUGUCCACAAACGUUUGUAUGUGUUGUGGGGAGAUGUGUCUGUAACAGGAACUACGAAUUGAAGAACGGUCAGUGUCAACUCAGAGAACCAAUCGCAAACUCAGUUUACAAAAGCAUCAACAGCUCUUGCAAUGAACGCAUCGAUCGGUGUUCAGGUGGCUCUAUCUGCCUCAAUGGAGCUUGCCAAUGUGUAAACGGAGCAACUGAGAACUCUGGACGCUGUCAUCAAGUACCACAAGGUAGAUGUGUUCAUGGCGAGUUAUGUAUCAAUGGCUCCAUUUGCGAACUUGGACGUUGUAAAUGUCAGGAUGGGCUCACGAUUUCAGCAAGAAACCCAACAGUCUGCGUAGUAAUUUCAUCAGAGCCUGGAAAAUCGUGCCAUUUCGGUGAAAGAUGCAUCAAUGGUAGUGUUUGUCGUUUUGGGACUUGUAUGUGCGAAUCGAAACGAGUCAAUGUUCAUGGCCGUUGUGUGAAGAAAGACUCGCUUCCUGGAAAGUCCAAGAAACAGAAAGCAGGAUCUAUGUCUACGUCUAUUCCUCCUUCAAAUGAGUCUUCUACUUCUGCUUUGACUACGGAAUCCUCCAACGAGCCAAUACCAGCAUCCGAACCAGGAACUAUCCGCAAUCCAGGGGAGAAAUGUUCAUUGUUAGAUAUUUGCAAUGGAGGUUCAUUGUGUCAGGAUCACAUGUGCAAAUGUCAAGAACAUGACAUAAUCAUUGACAAUCAAUGUGUCGGAAGCCAAGCAGAAGCUGUGAAACUCACAAAAGAAAAGUCCAUCUCUGCCCCUGGUCAAGCUUGCGAUAUUCGAACAACCUGUACAGGUGGCUCAGUCUGCAUUGAGAACUUAUGUCGUUGUGAGACAGGGCUGGUCAACUCACAAGGGGAUUGUCAAACUGUUUCUGAUUCAGAUGUGUCUACGUCUACAUCUGAAUCUCCAAACGCUUUUGUUCUGCAUUACCCUACAGGACAAAAAGCAAAGAAGGAAUCAAAGGAGGACCGAUACCCAGGAAUGGAAUGUGUUCUUACAAUGCAAUGCCCAUUCCGAACAGAGUGUCAGCAAGGCGUUUGUAGAUGCAAGCAAGGUGAAACAAUCGUCGACGGAACUUGUCGCCAGUCAAUUCACCAGGUUCGAGUUGGUGGUGCUUGCAAUCCCCAGAAAGGGUAUGAUUGCGUUGGAGAAUCCUUUUGUAUCUCUGGAGCAUGCAUAUGUCAGUAUGGAAUGCGGCCUCUGGAUGGAUUAUGUGUACCUGUCUCUCAGCUGAAUCAAGUACUACCGACUAAGAAAUGCGGUCCAGAUAGUUUUUGCCUGGGUGGAUCCAGAUGCAUUGAGAACGUUUGUAGAUGUGAGAAGGAUUACGUCCCCGAUGUGAAUGAUAAAUGUGUGAAGAAGUCUUCCGUUUAUCCUAUACUGAAAGUCACCACUCCUAAGCCGACUACAACUACGACUAUGAUGACAACCACUGGGCUACCUAAUAUAGGAGAACCAUGUAGUUAUUACUGCGCAGAUGGUUUGUGCCGUGAUGGAGUAUGUGUAGAUGUUGUGACCGAGAUGGAAAAAGUAGAAAUGGAACUAAAACAGAAUCCCGCUAAAAGUGCUGUGGCUGAUGAAGUGAUGAACUCAAAGUCUUCUACUGAUGAGCUCAUGAUUGUUGGUACUCAUUGCUAUCGUGAUACAGAUUGUCCUCAAGCAUCUCGCUGCCUGCAAGAAAUUUGCUACUGUAAUGCCGGAUAUAGAGCAACUGCGGGUUAUUGUGAAUCAAUUGUUCCUCUUGGGUCUCCCUGUGUCUCAACUAAUCAGUGCCCUAUCCAUUCUGUUUGCGUCCAAGGCACAUGUCAAUGCGCUGCCAGCCUCAGAGAUGGAAAAGCUUGUAAACCUCCUAGGUUGGGAAGACCAGGAGAUUCUUGCCUCGACGGAGUGAUUUGUAGCUAUAAUAGUUAUUGUGGGCUCAUGAGCAGUGUUUGCGAGUGUCCAUCCGGCAUGUCAACUCAACAGGGAGAGUGUCGCCAAACUGCGGCUGCUACUGGCCAAUCUUGUGUUACAUCUAGAAACUGUCAUAGGUUUAGCUAUUGCGAUAAUGGUUUUUGUCUUUGCAAAAGCGGGUUCGAACUUGUUAAUGAUUUCUGCAUGCCACCAGCUAAGAGACUCUCGUUGAAUGAAGUUGAAGAGUUGAUGCACAACGGCCUGGAGAAGGAACGAAACGAUGGACCACAGGCUCCUAUGCAAGAACGAAUCCGCACUGAAACGUUCUUACGUUCUAUGAUGAAUAAUCAAGAAAACUUUCUAAGCCCCAUGGACCCACCAACUCCUCCCAUGAUAGCUCAGAGGGGGCGAAGCUCUCUUCCAGUACUCCCUCCCAUGACAGCAAUGAAUCCUUCGGCCUUACCCACAAUGACUUUGUCUACAGGUUCUCCGAUUGCUCCCACAAUGCGCUUCAACGGUAUAAACUCUGCAGUAAAUCCUGCUAUGUCCGGUUUUGGAUCCAUGCCUUCAUCCUCGAUAGCUGCUGCUAAUAUUUCUCCGCAACCCAAUUUUCUGAAUCCGAAUUCGAGGUUCAAUUCUCCUAGUUCCGUUAUCAACUCUGCAAGCAGAAACACCAUCUCUCAACCCGAGAUUCCUCAAGUUAGCACAGGUCCUCUACCUAUUGAUUUAACGAAGCCUCCAUUCAACUAUGCCAUGCCUCCGAAUUAUCAAGUCAUAUACCCUUCGGGCAGUCCUAGUUCUUUUCAAAACCCUUUGAUUCAAAAUGACUUCAGUACCUCAGCUGCUUUAGGGGACUAUUUCCGUAAUAGAUUUGCAAGUUUCCCUAUAGUUAGUGGAGCCUCUACUGUUUCGGGGGACUCCCGGACAUUUGAUUUGAAUGUGAACACAACAAACACAGGGGGUAGUACACUUCCUCAGAAGUUGCGUUUUGCUAUGCCCGGAGAAUACUGUGGAGAUAAAGUAAUUUGCUUGGGGAACAGUUUCUGUACGAACGACUUCUGUCGGUGUCCAGAACACUGCUCUGCUCAGAAUGGAAUUUGUGCUUAUAAGAUUCAAGCUGCUGUUCAACCUCACAAAGACGCUUUGCAACUUUCUGGUUAUGAUGAAGAUGAUGAGGAUAGACGAUAUCUCAACUCGUCUGAAGAGCGACAGUUUGCCCAACCGUUAGAGAACUGCCAGAAUUUCGAGUUUUGCGUAGGAGGAUCAGAAUGUCUUCCAAUAGCUGCCAAGCUUGGUUUGAUGUGUCAAUGCCCGGUAGGAACAAUUUUCUUCCAAGAUGAGUGUAUAGAAGCUCCUAAAGGCAUAGGAUUGAUUGGAAUAGGAGAUAGCUGCGGGAAGAACGAAAUCUGUCUUGGAGGGUCCGUAUGCACAGAAGAAAAAUGUAUUUGUCGUGGAGGUAGAAAAGAUGUGCUGGGGAUUUGUGUUUUCACUGGUCAUCCUGGAGAUGAUUGCUCGCAAGGACAGCUUUGUGUUGAUGGAAGUGUUUGCGCCGGGCAGAAGCGUACAUGCAUCUGUCCCCCUGGUAAACGAAGUUUGCUGGGAAAAUGUGUUAAGCAAGAUAGUCCCGAAGAUGGAUUUGCUUCAAAUCCUUCGACUAACGAAGAAGACACUCAAGAGAAAAGGACUGAUCGCAGGAAGUUCUCAUCUGUAUAUCCAGGAGAGAACUGCAAUGGAUCACUAAGUAUCUGCAUGGAUAACUCGAGAUGUUCUCAAAAUCAUAUAUGCGAAUGCUUACCUCGUUUCUUCAAUGUUGAUGGACGAUGUGUUCCUAUUGAUAUGGUUCGAAAGCCGUCUGAAUCUUGUACUGUGACAACCAUUUGUGUCACUGGAGCUAGAUGUAUCGAAGAUGUUUGUACCUGCGCUGAUGGGCUCAUCGGACUUGACGAUAGAUGUAUACCAGUUUCAAACAAUAUCAGGAGACAUCCCUCCAGAAAUUCAAUAGGUCCCGGACCAACUUGUGAGCACGAUGAAGACUGCCCUUUACAUUUCAUCUGCAAUGAGAAGCUUUGCAUUUGUCAUGGCUCCAGUUCUGAAUGCUUAUCAAUGUCGUUAUUGAGCGUUGAUGCACAAUGCUUCGAAGACAUCAACUGUCCAUUAAACUCAAAAUGUAAUGAAGGCAUUUGCAUCUGUGUUGAUGGAUAUCGCAUGGAAACUGAUAGGUGUGUUGAGAGACGUCGCUUAGGAACAUCAGCUUCACCUCUGCUCCAAAACCUGCCCAUGUUCGCAUCAACCUCUCCCGGUUUUUCCACAACGACUGUUGCCUCAUCAACCAAACCAUUUUCUGCGGAAAACCUUGUGUUAAAUCGUAUUGCAUCAGUUUCGGUACCAGCUCUUCCCCCUGAUCCAGCCAUGGCUUCCAGGCUCUUAUCAUCUUUUCUAAAUGUUUUGAGUCAGGCAUCAGAUUCCAUGAGGUUUUCUGAUUCUUUCCCACCGACAGCAAGCCCUAAGACAGAUCUGGAAUCAAAUGAUAUUACCAACACUAUUUCUUCUAUUCCUGGACAACCAUGUGGGCUUCCAAAUUUGAUUUGCUCUGACAACAGCAUUUGUUUCAACGACUACUGCAUAUGUAGUUAUGACUAUCUGCCAAUUAAUGACAAAUGUGAACCACGAGAUGGAAAGGUUACAUUCGGUUUGGCUUGUUCUGAAACACAUCGUUGUUCCGAAAAGUUUAUUUGUUUGAAUGAUGUUUGUUCUUGUCCUCCCAAUGAUUCUACCUGUAAUCCUAACGAGCCAGUUACUUCACCACCAGGAGGUUCUUGCACUGAUGCCCGAGAAUGUACAGGAGGAAGUGUUUGUCGUGAAGGAUGGUGUAUCUGCCCAGAUCCAUCAAUGAUUGUGCAAAAAGGAAUUUGUAUUCAAUCUGGUCUUCGUCCAACUGUUCCACCCAAGACUGUACCUGUUUACACAACUAGUCAACCAACUGCUCCUGUUUACCAAACUCAACCAUCAUCCGCUGCUCCUACUUCCAGACCACCCCCUCCGGUUAACACCUUCAAUGCUCUACCAACAAGCACACAUCAAGGACGUAAGGUUCCUCCAGGAUCUCAAUGCGGUCCUCUUGACUCUUGCGUUGGAGGAUCCAUGUGUAUCGAUAGCCAAUGCGUAUGCCCACCUGGAACACAAGGAUCUCAAAAUGGCCGAUGUGAACUGGCCACCACGACUGUUCCAACUACUCGAGCUACCACAGCUUCCACAUGGAGAACAACCAGACGUCCUGUUGACUUCAUUGAAUUGCCCACGCAUGCACCAAACAUAGUUGAUUACAAUAAUCAACGAAUUAAUAAUAAUAUACCUGAAUAUACAUCCUUAUCAUCUGGUUACAACGGCCACAACAUUGAAAGAAACUAUGGCCGUCCGUCAAUUGUUUCCUCAGCUUCUCCAUCAACACCUUACUUCACAACUAAAUCGACAACGACUACUACAACAACGACGUCUACCACAUCAACUACACCUACUCGACCGACAACACUAGCUCAGAUAUUCGGCAACAAGAAUGAAUGUGAGGCGAUAGGACUUUACUGUAGGGGCAACACAAUCUGUAUAAAUAAGUCGUGUCAGUGUCCGGAUGGUCACAUUUUACAUAACGACGGUUGUGUUCCACCGUCCGAAGCGGGAAAGCGUAAAGUCCGUGGGAAGGCUCGUCAUCAAGCUACCACAGUUGGAAUUGUUUUAUCCAAACCAGGAGAAGAUUGUGCUGAUGGACAAACAUGUACUGGAGGAUCAGUUUGCAAUGAUGAAUGGGAUUGUGCCUGCCCAGCCGAUAAGCCUGUAUUGGCUCAUGGUGUUUGUGUGGCUAAAACUGAAACUCCCAAGAGACAAGCUGUACCUGGAGAGAGCUGUGAUGAGAACACCGAGUGCAUCAACAGUAGCAGUUGUCAUUCUGGACAAUGUCGCUGUGCUCCUCAGUUUAUCGCUCUUUCUGGUUUCUGCGUUCAAAUGCCAAUGUCCACAACUCCACAGAUGAAAACGUUCUCGAAGCCUUUGGAAAGCUGUGAAAAUGGGGAGACUUGUGAAGGAGGAUCAAAAUGUGAUGAUGAUACUCUGAUGUGUAUGUGUCCAAAGGGACAAGUUGCAUUCGGUCCUGAAUGCAAAGUUCCACCUGGAGCUACUGUAAGCCAAGUAACAACCCAAGAAGCUGUAAGCAACCCUUCUACUACUGAAUGUGAAAAUGAUAACAAUUGCGGAGAUGGUAAGCUGUGCGUUGCUGGAAGAUGUCGUUGUCGUCCAGGAACCGUUGAUAAUGCUGGUGUCUGUGAACUGUUAGAAGAAAUUGAAAUCGGCGAACGUCCGAUCCCGAUUUCCUACGCUAGACAUCGGGUCUUAACUGAGAAACAGAAGCCUGCUUCGAGUCACGCAGAACACGAAUCUUCUUACCAACAAUCACCUGAUGAGGAUAGACAAUCUUCCUCUUCGAGAGUAGAUCCAGUAGAAGCUAUAACACGCGCUCCAUCACGAGCAGAAGGUCAAAAGCCCCGAGUUGUUGGUCCUCCAAUCAGACGUCCAAAGCCCAAACCAAAAACAUCUUCAUCUGGUAGUAGUAGUGGCGGUACAGGCUCAGGCACAGCAAGUUAUAAGACAGGAGGAUCGGGUAACGGCAAUUGUCCCCCAGGCAAUGAAGCUACUCGAGAUUCUUCUGGAAAGCUUAUCAUUUGUAAUGGUCUAGAGCCCAACUGUCCUCCCAGAUCCUAUUGUUAUAUUACUUCUGGAGGAUUUGCUACAGAAGAAUAUAAUUGUUGUAAAUCCUGGUAA